AUGCACAGAAAACGUACACUGAACACAAUGGAGGAAAUAUUCUCCGACCUACUAGCUGAACCAAGUAAUCAGUUUCAGGGAUUCGUUCGAAUGUCAGCAGCUGAUUUCGAAUUACUUCUUAGCAGGGUUGGGCCUUUGAUAGAAAAACAAAAAACUAAAUUUCGUGAAACUAUACCUGCCAAAAUUCGACUAGCAGUUACUUUACGAUAUUUAGCUACAGGAGAUAGCUACAGAAGCUUACACUAUUUGUUCAAGAUGUCUCACCAAGUAAUUUCCAAUAUUGUAAAGGAAUGUUGUGCUGCUCUCAUAUAUGUAUUGAAGGAUAUGAUCAAGUUACCUGAGAAUGAAAACGAAUGGCUACAAAAAGAAUCUGAGUUUAAAGAUACAUUUCCACAUUGCUUGGGAGCAAUCGAUGGUAAACAUGUUGCCAUGGUGUCACAGAUUCACAGUGGGUCUGAAUAUAUUAAUUAUAAGCGUUCAUUCAGUAUUGUUUUGAUGGCCUUGGUGGAUCGCAAUUUUUGUUUUAUGUUUUGCGAUGUCGGAAACAAGGGUAGAAUCAGCGAUGGUGGUGUAUUCAGAGAUAGUGUUUUAUUUGAAAAACUUCAGACAAAUUCCUUGCACUUACCACAACCUAAACCACUUUCUGAUGACGAUGUAAAUGUGCCUUACGUUUUUGUUGCUGACAAUGCAUUUCCAUUGCAUCCCAACAUAAUGAAACCUUUUCCCGGCGAACACUCCGAAGGAAGUACGCAACGAAACUUUAAUCGUAAACUUUCUUCUGUACGUAUUGUUGUGGAGAAUGCAUUUGGUGUUAUGUCAGCCCGGUUUCGAGUACUUAAAAAACCUAUAACUCUACAACCAAACAAAGCUUCAAAAGUUGUAAUGGCAUGUGCUUUACUGCACAAUUUCUUAAGAAAAAGUUGUAACUCUCGGUCUAUUUACAGCCCAUCGGGCUAUAUUGACACAAUUGUCAACGGAGAAAUAAUAAAUUCGGGAACCUAG